CUGGCGCCCUUCUUUUAUUACAUUUAAAAUAUAUGGAGUAUUUCAUGCAGAACAUAUUAGAUAGUUUAUUUCAAAGAUUUCCCUGUGAUUUCCUCUCACAGUGUGCAUCUUACUGAGAACAUCAGUCAGUCUUAAAAUUAUAUUAUGCUACUGCACAACAAACCACAAUAAAGUCAGUUACAACAUAAUUGCAUGGGAGGGGUUAUGAGGUUGUGAAAGAAUAUGACGUACGGAACAGGCGGCAUUAUACACUCCUUCCAAUGCACUGAGGACACAGACCUAGAGCGAUGUCUUCUUCCAGCAGCUCCCAGGGAGUAGAACAGUGCCUGUGUUCAAUAUGUCAGGAUUUCUUCACUGACCCAGCAACCAUUCCGUGCGGACACAACUUCUGCAUAGACUGUAUCAGUCAACACUGGGACAGCAGUAUGGAGACUCGAUGCCCUCUUUGCAAGAAGGACUUUCACUUGAGACCAGAUCUUGGCAUCAAUAGAGAGUUCCGAGAUCUCAUUGAACGACUGAAAAGUCCUGUCCAACCUGGAGUAAUACCAUGUGAUGCCUGUACAUUAAUAAAGAGAGGUGCUUUGAAGACUUGCCUGCAUUGUGAAGGAUCGUUUUGUAAAACACACCUAGAGCCUCAUAACGCUGUUGCAAAACUGAAGAAACAUAAACUUAUCAACCCUGUGGAGAAUCUGGAGAAUUAUAUAUGCCCAAAGCAUGAGAUACCCCUGGAGCUGUUCUGCAGAGAUGAUCAGAUGUGUGUGUGCAUGUUGUGUACAGAUGUACACAAAAACCACAAAACUGUUCCUGUAGAGGAGGAGAGUGAAGAACGGAAGUCUCAGUUUGGGAGAAAGCAGGCUGAGGUUCAUUUGAUGAUUCAGAACAGAAUGAAGAAAAUUGAAGAAAUCAAAUGCUUGGUACAGCUCAGCAAGCCAAGAUCAGUAAAAGAGAAAGCAGACUGUGUUGAGCUGUUCACGGAUCUGAUCCGCUCCAUUGAGAGAUGUCUGUCUGAGCUGCUGGAAGUGAUGGAGCAGAAGCAGAAAGCAGCAGAGAAGAAGGCUGAAGAGCUCAUUAAAGAGUUAGAGCAGGAGAUCACUGAACUGAAGAGGAGAGACACUGAGCUAGAGCAGCUCUUACACACUGAGGAUCACCUGCAGCUCCUACAGAAUUAUCCAUCCCUGUGCAGCCCGUUAGACACCAAGAUCUGGACUGGGAUCAGUAUUAACACUUGUGUGAGUGUGGAGACUUUGAGGAGCGCUCUAACAAAGCAUCAAGAAUUUCUCAAUGGUGCAAUGUUGAACAUUACAGGAACUGAGCUAAGGAGGAUUGAGAAGUUUACAGUGAAUGUGACUAUGGAUCCUGAAACAGCACACCCAAAACUCCUCUUGUCUGAGGAUGACAAACAAGUUGGAUAUGGAGAAACACGACAGAUUGUCCCAGACAAUCCAUGGAGGUUUGAUAAAUGUCCCAGUGUCCUGGGGAAGGAGGGAUUCUCCUCUGGGAAAUUUUAUUUUGAGGUGCAGGUAGAAGGGAAAACUGAGUGGGAUUUAGGUGUGGCGAGAGAGUCUGUUAACAGGAAGGGAAUAAUCACUCUGAGUCCAAGGAAUGGACUAUGGACUCUGUGGUUGAGGAAUGGAAGUGAGUACAAGGCCUGUGACUGUCUGUCUGUCUCUCUCUUUCUGAAAGUGAAGCCCCAGAAGGUGGGUGUGUUUGUGGAUUAUGAGGAGGGUCUGGUCUCCUUUUAUGAUGUGGAGUCCAGGUCUCAUAUCUACUCUUUUACUGGUCAGUCUUUUACUGAGAAACUCUAUCCUUACUUCAGCCCAGGCUUUAAUAAUGGAGAUAAAAAUUUAGCCCCACUGAUCAUCUCACCUGUCAGCAAGAAUAGGUGAAUUUUAGUCAAUCGUAACCAUUGGUAGAAAAAAAAUGAACAUUUGUAAUAAAAACUGUCAUUUGUAAUAAAAUAAUGAAAAUAUAUUUAGCUUGUAAAACACAUUUCACAAUCACAUUGCUAACACUACAUUAACACCUCAAAUAAAGAUGAAUUUAUUAUUUUAUUUUGUUGAUGAUUCGUAUUGAGCCUCAUGACUGUAAUUUACAAAAAAAUCACACCAUUAUUUUUAUUAUUCUGGUGUUUUAGAUAAGUCACGCAUACCAUCAUUUUAGCACCGUAUUGUUUGUCAUGAUAUGGGCUGUCCAAUCAUGUUAGUGAUAAUAAAACAACCAGGAAACAUCCUUUUUAAGCAGCA